AUGUCUGCCGAAGCCCCAGCUAAGAAGAACAGAAUUUUUAAGACCCACUCUUACAGAGGUGUCGACCUAGAUGAACUACUAGGCAUGUCUACUGAAGACUUCAUCAAGCUAACUCCAGCUAGAGUUAGAAGAAGAUUUGCUCGUGGUCUAUCUGCUAAGCCAGCCGGUUUCUUGAAGAAAUUGAGAGCCGCUAAAUUGGCUUGUCCAGAAAACGAAAAGCCAGCUGCUGUUAGAACUCAUCUAAGAAACAUGAUCAUCGUUCCAGAAAUGAUCGGUUCCAACGUUGCUAUCUAUAACGGUAAGGCUUUCAACCAAGUUGAAAUUAGACCAGAAAUGUUAGGUCACUACCUAGGUGAAUUCUCCAUCACUUACACCCCAGUUAGACACGGUAGAGCUGGUGCCACCACCUCCCGUUUCGUUCCAUUGAAAUAA